CUAAUGCUAAGCUAACGGUGAGGAUGUGGAAGAGGGGCUCGUCUGAGAGCUCAGACCGCUUUGAGUAUCUUCAAACUCUGGUCACUGAGUUCCAGGACACCGACAGUGACGAGGCGAAGGAGCAGGUGUUGGCCAACCUGGCCAACUUUGCUUACGACCCAAAGAACAUGGAGUAUCUGAAGGAGCUGCAGGUGACCGACCUCUUCUUGGACAUGCUCACCGAGGAGAAUGACAACUUUGUGGAGUUUGGGAUGGGGGGGCUGUGUAACCUGAGUAUGGACCCUGAAUGCAGAGACAUGAUCCUGCAGAGCAGCGGGAUCAGCCUGGUCACAAAUCGUCUGUCGAGCCGGAGAGAGGAGACCGUCCUGUCAGCCAUCACAAUACUAAUGAACCUCACAACGGCCUCAUCGCGCUCAGAGAUCACUGAUCCGGCCAUCCUGCAGUGCAUGCUGCGUUUCUCUCUCUCGGAGAGCCCCCGCCUGCGCAACCUGGCCGCCGUCUUCCUGCAGGACUGCUGCAGCGAGGAGCAGGUGGCCCGAGCGGAGCAGCAGAUGCAGGGACAGCAGACGGCAGUCGGCAUACCGCUGCCCAAGGAAUAAGUAACAGCUGAGGUACUCAAGCUCUACGAGAGAAUAAGAAAUAUGUUCUCCACUCUCCUGGUUUCAGUCUUUCCAACACAUUUUGGAACCUGGUUGUUUGGAUUUGCUCCCAUUCAGCCACAAGAGCGUUCGUGGUGAUCAGGUCUGGCUCAGUCAGGGUUGGAUGGGGUUGAGCUCUGAGCUCUGUGCAGGCCAGUGGAGCUUUAUAGAGCUGGCUUUGUGCACGAGGCUUGUUGUCACGAUGAAAACAAACAAAAACUGUUGACACAAAGAUGGAAGUGAGGUUUUUAUUGUCUAAAAUUUUAAGAUUUUCCUUAAUUUUCCACCUUGUUUUGGCCAUAUAGUUUAUUUUUAAUGCUAAAGAACAUUUAAUCUAAUGUUCCUAUUGCAAAAUACAAGAUCCCUCUUACAUUAUAAGACAUUUAAAGAACUGGGACAGCCUGCAGCCUCAGUUUUAAUGAUCUUUGACUUCUUGUGCUUCUUCAUUCCCUUAAAUAUGGAUUUAACCUGCAGAUACAAGCUGCUAGUCUGCUAUUUUACAUCAAAGUGCACGUCAGAGCUGUUUGAAUUGAAGUGUUGUGCUCUUUCUUGCCACACGAGGGAGACCGGAUAGAAGGUAGAAGGGCUUGUUCUGCCUUAAGCUAUUGGCAGCAGGCAGUGACAGCGUUUAAGAGAUUAAUCCAGCUGAUUAUUAAUGGCACAAAAACAGCAUGUGAACAAUUUAAUUGUGUUGACUUCCACACUGAUUGCCAAAAACUGUCUUAAGUGUACAGAGAGAAGGGAUCACUGACUGUAGUAUCAACAUCACCACCUACCCCCCCCUAAAAAAAUGUGCAUUCCUUUGGCUUUGAAGUAAUCUCCUAAGACCCGGUUCGGAUGCUGGAGCAUGUUAAAGCCAACCGGUUGACUCUUGCACUUGGCGCGCUCUGUAAGAAUACCACGUCCUGAAACAUUAAAUCCAAACCCAAAAUAUGUAAAAAAUUAACAAAAGAAAAAAAGCAGCUAAAUAAACCCUGAGGUUUCCUUUUGUAAAGAGCCAGGAGCGGUCGUUUGUUUUCUUCUGGGCUCUCAAGAACUAUUCCUGGGCCGAGUCCUUCAGGUCUAGACAGAAGUCGACAUCUGAUCCUGCAGCCCAGCGUCAGUUUGGACUGCACAUGUAGCCCGGUCAGACUCCAGAGGAAAUUCUUUACAGCUUUUGAGAGAGUGUGUGUGUGUGUGUGUGUGUGUGUUACUCGCUCAUUUUCAAUAGGUGUGUAUUUGUUUCAUUCCAAGGGGCUUAGAAAGGAGAGCACCUGCCACAGAGAUCAAUAAAAAUACCUUCAUCCUUCCCGUAAAAAGAGAAACACCCACGCCUGGUUUUAAUAAUGCCGUACAAAGUUUAUUCCAGGUUGAUGUAAAAAAGAUUUUUGUAGCUCGAUUUAAAAAAAAAAAAAAAAAAAAAAAAACUGAGUGGUUUCAACAUCCACAAGUUCUGCACUGAUCUUCAACGCUCAUUCAUGGAUCGAUCUGUAUCUGCUGGGCUCACAUUUCUGUUACAGAGAACAGCAGGAUGUUAAAGGAUAAGGCUGGAGUUUAUCUAGAUUUCUCUUAUUGUCAACAAAUCCCCUGAAAUCACCAAAAUUGUUCAUUAGUGAAGAUAUAAAUCUUUAAAAAAUGGCUCACAAAUAUAUAAUUUCCUUUUUCUAAAAGGCUCAGUAACUUCCUCAACCAUGUGGGCAGUGUAGUUUUUUUACUCAGUCAGAAGGAAAAAGUGCAUUUGUUAGACUUUCAGCGGCGGAUUAAUCCACAUUUGUUGCUCUGAUGAGUAUUUACAGAAGCAGGACGGCGUGUAUAUGUGUAUAUGUGUGUGUGUGUGUGUUCACAGUAACAAAAGGAAGAUGUCACCCAGUGCAACAUGGGAUUUGUUGACAGCAAGAAAAAUACAUAAUGUGACUACAGUUCUCCCUUUAAACAGGCGGUUGCAGGAGGAUACAGACGACACUGCACUGCGUACCCAGCCAUCACACGGCUACGGGAGGCUCAGGCAGUCUGUUAUUAUUUCUGGAGACGUUUUAAGGUGUUCUGAUGGCGGGGUACGUAACCCCAAUUGGUGUUUGUGGUACAAGACAUACAAUAUUUGAAUUAUCUCGAUGCGCAAUUAUCUCAUUUCCCCUUCUCCAGAUCCAGCUGCUUCUCAGCCUCCUCGCGUAGUUUGUUCUUCUGGAUCUGAGAAGAGAAAGGAAAAAAAAUGUGUUUGAAUGUUGCUUCUCCAGGUUGUGAGUUAACAAUUUGAAAGUUAUCAAUCAAAAUCAGUCAUAUUGGGGUUGAGAGAAAUCACAAUAAACUGCAGUUUCUUGACAGUACAGGACUACACUCACUCACAAACAGUGGUCAAUGUUAAAGGCUGUGGUUCCCAACCUGGGGGUCGGGGCCCCGACUCGGGGUCUCGAGGCCUUCUUGAUUUUAAAGUGUACUAAAAACGUUCUGUUCUUAUUAAAUGUGUAUUUUUCUAA